AUGCCCGCCAAAGAAUCCGAACUCCAAGAAGUCUCCCUGGCCCUGCGCACUGCGCGGGCAAACCAAACCCCAAUCCAACCCCCCAGCAAGACAUGGCCCACGCUUGACGCCGAAGACGGGUUCAAAAUCCAACAAAUCAGCACGGAGCACGCCGUUAAGAACGGUGACCGUCUAGUGGGCUACAAGCUCGGCAACAUCGCCAAAGUAAUGCAAGAUGCUUUCGGACUCGACCACCCCGAUUACGGCUUCCUCCUGGCCAGCACCUUCGUUUACGAAAGCACCACAAUCCGUCUCAAGGACUACAUCAAGCCCUACGUGGAACUCGAACCGGCAUUUGUCCUGCGCGGACCACUCAAGGGGCCCAAUGUGACUGUUGCCGAUGUGAUUAACGCCAUUGACUACGCCAUCCCCGCAAUUGAGAUCAUUGACUCCCGGGUCCAGAACUGGAACAUUGGCCUUGCGGAUACCCUGGCCGAUAAUGGAUCUACGGGCGCUGUUAUCCUGGGUGGUACGCCCAGGAAGCUUACUGAGCUUACGUUGAGGGAUACGCGGGGUGUUCUGCGGUUUAAUGAUAAGCAGGUUAUGGAUGGCAAUACGGCGAAUGUCCUGGGAAAUCCUAUCUCGGCUGUCGCGUGGUUGGUGAAUCGGUUGGCGGCUUAUGAUAUUGAGUUCCAGCCUGGACAGGUUAUUCUUCCUGGCAGUUGUUUGCAGGCUGUGCCGAUGACGGAGGCUGGGCAUUGGAACUGUACUUUUGAAGGCUGGGGCUCGGUUGAGUUUGAUGUUGUGUAA